AUGGAGAGCUCCCCCGGAAUGGGCGAUCUACUCGCCCACGGUCCACCGCCGGAUGCGUCCCAGACUUCCACCGUCGAUUCCCCAACAAAGCCGGAGCCUGUCUCCGAACAGUCACACGGUUCACCCGGUCUCUCUCGUUCCUCAUCCCUUCUGCAGAAACGUUCAUCGCUCCCUCCUCGUGCUCAUCCGGGAGCACGACAUGCCAAACGCUUGACCCUGAACUUCCCUAUCAAUAUUCCUCUAAACCAGUCCCCAACCGCAACUCCCGAUAGCGCUGUUGCGUCUCCGGGAUCCAUGACCCCCGUCACACAGUCCUCAACUCGCCCGUCCCCCGCGCUCCCCGCUGGGACUCCAAUCCCCUUCGAUGUUCAAGACGAUGGCUACGAUUUCCUGCGGGCGAUCGCAUCGCAGGAACGGAGGGUGAUGGAGCUUCGCGAGGAGCUGCAACGGGCUGAGACUGAUCUGUCUACCCUCAAGAAGCAGUGGGCGCUGUCUGAGAGGUCGAGGAAACGCACUGAGAUUAAUCACCAUGCCGAGCCAAUGCUACCACUCAAGUCUCCUGACCCGAGUGGGGCGGAGGGCCGUUCGAGUACGAGCUCACACCGUCGGGAACAAAGCAUGAAUUCCGUCGGUAGCUCGGCUGUGCCUCAGGAUAGAGUUAGUCGGGAUCUGGAGCGCCGAACAAGUCUUCGUGCUGCUGCUGCUGCUCCCGUGGCUCCUGUACCUCCUGCAGGCACUUCCAUCUCAUCUAAUGGUCGGCGCGUCUUCCAAGGCUCUCACACUCGUACAUUGUCUCUUCUUUCCCCUGUCACUGUUCCCAACUCUGCUAGUACCAGUCCCAGCCUGGGUAGCUCCGAGCGUCCGGGUCGAACCCCGCGAUCAGCUACGUUGCCCUCGGUUGAGCGUAAUAACACCACUCCUAACAUGGUGACUGCCAUUGAUGAAAGUCAAGUGCCCGAGCAUUUACUCACUCAGUGGCGGAAUACCAUGCCCCCGCCAUCUCGGGAGGCUCUGGUGCGUACUGGCAAGCAGAUGGCUUCGGAUCUACGGGAGGGUUUAUGGACAUUCUUAGAGGAUAUUCGACAAGCUACUGUUGGCGAAGAAGCUAUCAACGGAACGGGACCACGAACCACAUCGCCAAACUCUUUAGCACCACCGAAUACACGCAAACGAAGCUCCAUCGCAAAGUCAGGGAGCCGAGAGCGACUAUCAGUCGCGGGGAGUAUAUCACGAUCAUCGUCAUCGUCAUCAUCGCGGGGUAAAGGGCAAGCGGCCGAGCCUGCAUCCGGUAAAGACUCCAAGCCCGCGGACAUUGCCACGUCUUUCUGGCAUGAAUUCGGUGUUGAUUCACCAGCGCAGAAGUCUCCCGGCGCUCGCCGCAGCCCAUCCAACAACACCGUCGAAACCGUGACCCCCCGGGGCAAGAACGAGAACGAACCCGACAACCAACCCGAUCACCGCUCCGGCAGCCCAGUCAACAACGAGGAGGAUGAAACGGUCGAUAAUUGGGACGUAUGGGAUACGCCGUCGUCCAGGAAUAAAAAGACACAUACCCCUUCGUCUAGUCGGUCGACGGUCGAAUCGAAACAUGACCAGUCACCCACGACGCAGGGUAGUAGUCCACGAACGAGUGCUAGCUUUGGCGAGUGGAACCCCCUCUCCACCGCUAAUGAUCCUACUGUAGCCGAAGGCAUCCCCUGGCCGGCCAUUACCAAGCUGGCUCCGUCUAAACUCCAGCGAACUGCUUCUAAUCUCAUGGCUGAGUGGGAGCGCAGUCUUUCGCCUUCUCCGGAACGAAAGGACUCAUCUUCUGCUUCCACUAAAAGCAGUAAAAAGGACUAA